AUGGGCCGCUUCGACCUCCGCAACAAAGGCCAAUCCGGCGUACCAUUCUACACGCCGGCGCAGCAACCCGCCGCCGGCACGGCAGCAGACCCCUCAACCGCACCGACGCUCUACAAGCCGCUGCGCAUGCGCAACCUCGAACUACACAAUCGGUUCGUCGUCUCGCCCAUGUGCCAGUACAGCGCGGACAAUGGCCACCUCACCGACUACCACCUCGUCCACCUGGGGCAGUUCGCACUCAACGGCGCAGGCGUGGUCAUGGUUGAAGCAACCGCCACGGAGGCACGGGGCCGCAUCUCCCCCCAGGAUUCUGGGUUAUGGCAGGACUCGCAGAUUGAGCCGCUUCGCAGGAUUGUAAACUACGUUCAUAGCCAGAACACCAAGGCGGCUAUUCAGAUUGCACAUGCGGGGCGUAAGGCGAGCACUUUGGCGCCUUGGAUAGGAGGGUCGGCGAAGAAGGCGCUUGCGGAUGAAGAACAUGGCGGGUGGCCGGGGGAUGUAGUCGGACCAAGUGCGAUUCCGUUUGCAGAAGAUCACGCCACGCCGAAGGAGUUGAGUGUCGACGAUAUAAGAAGUCUGGUGAAGAGCUUUGGCGAAGCAGCUUUGAGAGCAGUCAAAGCUGGUUUUGACAUUAUUGAGAUUCACGGCGCACACGGCUACCUAAUUACGGAAUUCCUAUCGCCGAUAUCAAACAAACGAACCGACAACUACGGCGGCUCCUUCGAAAACCGCACCCGCUUCCUCCGCGAAAUCAUCGAGACAGUCCGCUCCCUCAUCCCCGACUCCAUGCCCCUAUGGCUACGCAUCUCCGCCACCGAAUGGAUGGAAUGGACCGACCAACCCUCCUGGGACCUCCAAAGCAGCAUCCAGCUCGCGAAGCUGCUCCCCGGUCUGGGCAUCGACGUCCUCGACGUCAGCAGCGGCGGCAACAACUCCCAGCAGCGCAUCCUCCGCGAGAAGACGUACCAGACGAAUCUGGCGCGCGAGAUUCGCCGCGCCCUCCGCGCAGAUGGGCUGGAUUUGAUUGUCGGUGCGGUGGGCAACAUUGACGACGCUGAGUUUGCGAGGGACGUGGUGCAGGAGGGGGAGGGGCAGUCUGCGGAUUUGGCGCUCGUGGCGAGGCACUUUUUGAGGGAACCGGACUUUGUGCUGAAUGCAGCAGAGAGGUUGGGCGUGGUGGUGAAGUGGCCGGUGCAGUAUCAUAGGGCGGCGCCGAGGGGGGUUGCUGAUGCUUUUUAUUAG